CGGAACGGAACGUGGACGUGGACCAUCAGCGCUGUGGUCAGUGGGCUCAACGUUAACGGCCAGUACACAGGCAGCCCGCGAGCACCACUCCGGUAGUAGUGUGCCCUGAAAAUAGUGUCGCCAAAAGGUCAGAAUCAGAAUUGUCAGCCCAAGAUCAUGUUCUGCCGGUCAUAGUGGGGUGCGUAUCCUUGAUCAACCAACGGCGGGGCCCGUGUGAUUGUGUGUCGUAGAAGCCACAGCAAGUCGAACGACGCGGCAGCCAUGACCGUCGUGGCGGAACCGAAACAGACCGGCGGUGGGGGGCUGCGGCGUGAGAUGGGUCUCAUGUCGGCGAUCAACGUGAUCAUCAGCGUGAUGAUCGGUUCCGGCAUAUUCGUAUCACCGACGGGCGCCCUCAAAUACUCCGGUAGUGUCGGGUUCUGUCUGGUGGUGUGGACCGUCUGCGGUGGAAUUUCGCUGCUGGGAGCGCUCUGCUUUGCCGAGCUGGGCACGGUUGUACCGCGGUCCGGUGCUGAGUAUGCCUACCUGAUCGAAGCGUUCAAAAAAUCGCACUCCUUCUGGGGCCCGUUACCAUCGUUCGUGUGUGCCUGGGUUUACGUGAUGAUACUGCGGCCGGCCGAAAUUGCCGUCAUCAUUCUAACGUUCGCUGAGUACACGAUCCUGCCGUUACGCCAUCUGCUCGGAAUCGAGCAUCUACCGGCGGAGGAUCUGAAUUUGCUGGUCAAGCUGAUCGGAAUCUUAGGGCUAGGCAUUAUCACCUACAUCAAUCUCAGCAGCGUGAAGCUCUACGUGACGAUCAACAACGUGUUUGGCUUCUGCAAGGUUGGCGCCUGUUUGGUGGUGAUCUUCGGUGGCAUCUAUCAGCUGGCCAUUGGCAACACGGAGAAUUUGUCGGGGGGCUUUCAGGGAACGCACACCAGCCCCGGCUACAUUGCACUCGCCUUCUACAAUGGCCUUUGGGCGUACGAUGGCUGGUCGAGUGUGACCACGAUCACGGAGGAGAUCAAGAAUCCGGAGGUCAACAUUCCACGAUCGAUAAUGAUCGCAGUUCCGAUCAUCACAGGGCUGUAUGUUUUCAUGAACCUGGCCUACAUGACCGUGCUUUCGAUGGGUGAUAUGAUCGCAUCCGAAGCGGUGGGUAUCGAUUUCGGUGACCGUGCGCUUGGUUCGUUCUCCUUUCUCAUCCCGCUCGGUGUGGCAUUGGCCACGUUCGGCUGCGCGCUCAGCAUCCAGUUCGGCGUGACGCGCCUCUGUUACGUAGCCAGCCAGGAGGGCCAGAUGCUGGAGCCCUUGUCGUACAUUCACGUGCGCCGUUCUACGCCGGCGCCGGCCGUCGCCAUGCAAGGUGUGCUGGCGCUGGCCUUCAUAUUGGUCGGCAACAUCGAGACGCUGAUCGAGUUCGCCUCGUUUCUGAUCUGGUUCUUCUACGGGUCGGCCGUCGUGGCGUUGCUUGCGCUCCGUCGAACGCAACCGACGAUCCACCGCCCGUACAAAGUGCCCCUGAUCGUGCCCUAUAUCACGCUCGCCGUGUCCAUCUUUUUGUCGGUUGUGCCGGUCAUCAGUGAUCCGUCGCCAAAGUAUCUGUUCGCGCUCGGCUUCAUCCUGAGUGGUGUGGUAGUCUACACGCCGUUCGUGUACUACAAAGUGCGUCCGAGAUGGAUCAAUAAGCUCACCUUCCUCAUACAAGUGCUCUUCGAAGUUGUUCCCACUACCAGCAAAAGUGAUUGAACCUAUCAACCUAUGAUUAAUAAAC